UAUUGUUGCAUUCCGAAACGUAAAUGAUAAAGAAAGACAGUAACUUUCUAGCAUGGUGUAUUGCUGUUUCACAUGUGUAAAUAAAGCUUUACCAUUUUGUAUGACAUGUCAUGCGCAUGCGUAAACCGGUGCACAAGUGAUGAAUUGGUUUUCCGGGAGAAAUUGGCCCGUUUUUCUUUCUCAGUAUUGUUCAUAUAGCAGUAAGCGCCAUCCAAUCACCACGGGACGAAGAGCUGAGCUGUACGGAAUAUGCCCAAGAAUAAAGGUAAGGGAGGAAAGAAUCGUCGACGUGGAAAAAAUGAGAAUGAGUCAGAGAAGAGAGAGUUGGUGUUCAAAGAGGACGGGCAGGAAUAUGCCCAGGUGAUUAAAAUGUUGGGUAAUGGGAGGUUAGAAGCCAUGUGUUUUGAUGGAGUUAAGCGGCUCUGCCACAUCCGAGGAAAACUCAGGAAAAAGGUGUGGAUUAAUGCGUCAGAUAUCAUUCUGGUGGGUCUGAGAGAUUACCAGGACAACAAAGCUGAUGUGAUCCUGAAGUACAAUGCAGACGAGGCCAGGAGUCUGAAGGCAUACGGAGAAUUGCCGGAGCACGCCAAGAUCAACGAGACGGAUACCUUUGGUCCCGGGGACGAUGAAGACAUCCAGUUUGACGACAUCGGAGAUGAUGACGAGGACAUUGAUGAUAUCUAAGGACCUUCUAGGGGAAGGUGGGAUUUUUGUUUUACCAUCCGCUCUGAAAAUCAUCACAGGACUUCGAUACUUCUCUACCGGAAUCACUGUACCCUCUGCCCACAUUUGUGGCUGUGUUAACUAGUGACGACCUCGGCCACACAACAUACUUCAAGGACGUUCAGCCCUCCCACUAACUCAUUGAUAACAUGACUGCAGCUGCUCGCAAUUUCUUGCGGUGUCCUUUUAAUGUAUUUAUAUCGAUUUCAUGCGGAGUGGAAUUUACUUACAAGUAUAGAAUCUCUAGAUUUGCAAUAAAAAGAUUAACCAUUUUA